AUGUCGGCGUCGCUCUACCGACUCGCCGGCCGCAGCGCCAGGCGGCUCGCCACAUCAGCAGCAUCUCGCUCGCGGCCGCUCACAUCAUCGUCAUCGUUCCAGUUGUCGUCGACUGCCUCGACCCCCCUCAGCGUCCGCGCAUUCUCCGCCUCGGCCCUGCGCCGCUACGCCGAACCCCAGGACGGAUUUCAGGGCACGCGGCUGAUCCCCACGGGCGCCGACUUCCAGAGCCCGCCCGACCCGUUCAUCGAUGAAGGCGCCCGUGACAACGCGGCCAACUAUGGCGUGCAAAAAUCGCGCUCCGGAGUCGAUGAGGACUCGGUCGAGGGCCGCAAGGUUCGCCACUACACGGUCAACUUCGGUCCGCAGCACCCGGCCGCCCACGGCGUGUUGCGUCUGAUUCUCGAGCUCAAUGGCGAGGAGAUCGUCCGUGCCGACCCCCACGUCGGCCUGCUGCACCGCGGUACCGAGAAGUUGUGCGAGUACAAGACGUAUAUGCAGGCCCUGCCCUACUUCGACCGUCUCGACUACGUAUCCAUGAUGACCAACGAGCAGGUCUUCUCGCUGGCUGUCGAGAAGCUGCUCAACAUCGAGAUCCCCCCGCGCGCCAAGUUCAUCCGUACCAUGUUUGGCGAGAUCACGCGCAUCUUGAACCAUCUCAUGUCUGUCCUGUCGCACGCCAUGGACGUUGGUGCUUUGACGCCCUUCUUGUGGGGUUUCGAGGAGCGUGAGAAGCUGAUGAAGCUGACCAUUGCCCCCAAGGAAUUCUACGAGCGCGUCUCCGGUGCCCGUCUGCACGCUGCCUAUGUCCGGCCCGGCGGUGUUCACCAGGACAUCCCCGUCGGCCUGCUCGACGACAUCUAUCAGUGGGCGACUCAGUUCGGCGACCGCAUCGACGAAACCGAGGAGAUGCUUACGGAUAACCGCAUCUGGAUCAACCGUCUGAAGGGCGUUGGUGUCGUCUCCGCGGCCGAUGCCCUCAACCUCUCCUUCACGGGCGUCAUGCUCCGCGGCUCCGGAGUGCCCUGGGACGUGCGCAAGUCCUCUCCCUACGACGCCUACGACCAGGUCGAGUUCGACGUACCCGUGGGCAUCAACGGCGACUGCUACGACCGGUACCUGUGCCGCAUGGAAGAGUUCCGUCAGUCGCUGCGUAUCAUCCACCAGUGCCUCAACAAGAUGCCAGCUGGCCCCGUCCGGUACGAGGACUACAAGAUUACGCCGCCGCCCCGCGCUGCCAUGAAAGAGAACAUGGAGGCACUGAUUCACCACUUCCUGCUCUUCACCAAGGGCUAUGCUGUGCCACCUGGUGACACCUACACCGCCAUCGAGGCCCCCAAGGGCGAGAUGGGCGUGUACGUGGUUAGCGAUGGCAGCGAGAGGCCGUACCGCGUGCAUAUUCGUGCUCCAGGCUUCGCGCAUCUCAGCGGUUUUGACCAUAUCACUCGUGGCCAUUUGCUGGCUGAUGCGGUCGCUGUGAUCGGUACCAUGGAUCUGGUGUUCGGUGAGGUCGAUCGGUAA